AUGACUCAUGCUCUUUUGAAAACAGUUUUACUGUUGCUUCUUCUGAUUCCAUUAUCUCUGGCAGCCUCCACUAGAGGACAAUGUCUUACUGAUCGAAACUGUGAUCAGCAUCACAAAUGUGUUAAUCGGCACUGCUUCCAUCAAAGAGAGUACGUCUUCAAGUGUAUUAAUGAUCUAACUUGUCCGGACUUCCACUCAUGUCACAAUGGCGUUUGCCUUAUGGAAAAGACAUCGUCAAAGAAUCAGAAAUCUAAUGUAUAA